UGGAAGUAAUAUGAGGUUACUGGGCAGUCAACCUCAGCAGAUUGCAACACCACCCUCAGCCUCAAUCUACAACAGCAAUCAGCAGCCUUCUCUCUACAACUCAUCUGCAUCAAAUGGAACUACUAUUGGAGGGCUGCAGUCAGGGUCAGGUGUAGGUGGUGGGUUUGCAUCACUGGCCAACUCGUUGGGAUACAGCAACAGCAGCUGCAGCCUUGGGACCAUAGGCUCACCAGCUGCCUUAGGAUCAGGUACAGUGACCGCCUCUCCAAGUCCUCUUGGUCUUACAUCGGGAUCUUUGACACCCCCACCUACUCUUGGAGGAAGUUCUGGAAGCCUCCAGUUGGGAACACUAGGUGUAGGAACUGGCCGUGGUGUGUUGUCUGCGGCACCAGGAGCAGAAGCUGCCAAGUUCCGCAAUGGUGUUGGUGUUGCUGGGUUAGCUGCUAAUGGAGUAUUUGGAUCAACAAAUUCGCUCUUCACAAAAUUGGGUUCAAGUAACAGGGGAGCAGCAGGUGUCACCCCUGGUGUUGACAAACCACCUGGUCGCAGUCGUCUCCUGGAAGAUUUUAGGUAUUAUUUUGAAAACUUCUUAAAAUUUAAUGACUUCUAAUGUUCAGAAUGUGUCCUAUAUUCUUGGAUGCAAUCUCU